GCGCAUGUUACAUGACAGGUACACGCAAGCCUCCAUCUUGGGCAUCCCUAGCUCAGGCGAAAGGGCAGCGGCCAUAUACACACACUGAUUUAAAAAUAACAACAAGCAGGCGCGAAAACAACAACUAAAUUGGCAAAUUGCCGAGAUGUAACUUUCUCCUCAAAGCCACCCAUCACAUCGCUUCACAGGAAGUGAGAGAAGAGAAUGGAAAUGAAAGACAGCGACUGGACUGGACGCAUCUGAUAACGAUUUUUAUUUUUGCACACUCAGCUGUUGUGGAUCCAGCUUUGUGAGGAGCAGUGGUAACCCCAGACGGUUCCAGUCCCACCAGAAUGGAUAAGAAGAAGUUUGCCAUAUUUCUUCUGCUCCUGUGUCUGUACCUAGAAGGAGGAUCUGCAAAAGAAAAAGGAACAAAGAAGGGAAAGAAAAAAGGGAAGCAGGUUUACUGUCCAUCACAGCUGUCAUCUGAGGAUCUGGCUCGAGUCCCUGCAAAUUCAACCAGUAACAUACUGAACAGGUUACUGAUCAGCUAUGAUCCCAGAAUACGGCCCAACUUCAAAGGGAUUCCUGUGGAGGACAGAGUGAAUAUUUUCAUCAACAGCUUUGGCUCCAUUCAAGAAACAACAAUGGAUUACAGAGUGAACAUCUUCCUACGACAGCGCUGGAACGACCCCAGGCUGAAGCUGCCGCAGGACUUUAAAUCAGAUUCACUUACCGUUGAUCCCAAAAUGUUCAAAUGUCUCUGGAAACCCGACCUGUUCUUUGCUAACGAGAAGAGCGCCAACUUCCAUGAUGUUACGCAGGAGAACAUUCUCCUGUUCAUCUUCCGUAAUGGAGAUGUUCUCAUCAGCAUGAGAUUGUCCAUCACACUUUCUUGCCCUCUGGAUCUCACCUUGUUUCCAAUGGACACACAGAGGUGUAAAAUGCAACUUGAAAGCUUUGGCUACACAACAGAUGACCUGCAGUUCAUGUGGCAGACAGGAGACCCUGUGCAAAUGGACGCUAUCGCUCUUCCACAGUUUGACAUCAGACAAGAAGACAUUGAUUACGGAAACUGCACUAAGUUCUAUGAAGGAACAGGGUAUUACACUUGUGUGGAGGUCAUCUUUACCCUACGGCGACAAGUUGGCUUCUACAUGAUGGGUGUUUAUGCCCCCACGCUGCUUAUAGUAGUCCUUUCCUGGCUGUCCUUCUGGAUCAACCCUGAUGCGAGUGCUGCCAGAGUUCCUUUGGGAAUCCUCUCAGUGCUCUCCCUGUCCUCCGAGUGCACCUCCUUAGCUUCAGAGCUGCCCAAAGUGUCCUACGUCAAAGCCAUAGAUAUCUGGCUAAUUGCUUGCCUGCUGUUUGGUUUUGCCUCUCUGGUGGAGUAUGCCGUGGUUCAAGUAAUGCUAAACAGCCCAAAGCACAUUGAGGCAGAGAAGGCCAGGAUAGCAUCCAAGGAGAAGGCUGCAGGAAAAAGCCCCACUGCCCGGAACAACACCGUCAACGGGACUGGAGGGACCCCACUUCAUGUCAGCACCCUGCAUGUUGCUGAGACCCGCUGCAAGAAGGUCUGCACAUCCAAAUCAGACCUGAGGACCAAUGACUUCAGCAUUGUGGGCUCUCUCCCACGAGACUUUGAACUGUCAAACUUUGACUGCUAUGGCAAGCCCAUUGAGACCGGCGCUGGUUUUGGGAAAUCCACGGUAAAGAACAAGAAACCACCUCCCCCAAAACCAGUCAUCCCCUCGGCCGCCAAAAGAGUCGAUCUGUACUCCAGAGCCCUCUUCCCGUUCUCUUUCCUCUUCUUUAAUGUGAUUUACUGGUCCAUAUACUUGUGAUUAUCCUGCGUUAUUACCUCUCCUCUCCCAUUAUGUGAAUUCCAACUGAUCAGACUUUGGUUUUAAAGUUGGCGAAGAGGGAUGUGACCUUUACAGUUUCUCCAGAGAAAAGAAUUAAAAUACUAUGUGUUCUUCCUUCAAUAAAAACAAUCUAUUUAUAUUUUAAAAAGAACUUUAUUGAUGUUCAUAUUUCCUAAAAUAUAAUAAAUCGUAUCUUAUGUUGAAAUUAUUUAUCAAAAGUGGUUCUUAAGAGAGAUGAACAGGAUUGCUUUAAAAAAUGUGAAUGACUGAGAUGUAAACAAAUCCACAAAGAUUUUAUGUAAAGAGCAAAGCUAUAGAUGCACAUAUACUAAAAAAAAAUCAUAUAGCUGUUAUUAUGUUUUUCAUUUGCCCUGCUCAGUUGCUGUUUGAUUUAAACUUUAAAUCUUUAAGUGUUAGCUUCAUUGCAAAGCUAUACAUUGUAAUUGCCUAGCAUGUUGAAAAUACUGCAUGUAUUUAAAGAUUUAAAUGUACAUAAAAUAUUUAUGAAAUACUACUGUUCUUAUGCUUUGCUCUUGAUGAGAUAAGUGGAUGAGUAAAAGUGUCCUCUUCCUGUCCGGAUGGUUAUGUAACACUGCCACUUCUCCCACCAGUAUCGACAUUUCCUACCUGUAUCCUGUGCGUAUGGGUCACCACUGAGCUGUGACCACGUAUUUGUGAUAUUUACAAAGAAAAUCAAAAAUCAAAUGACUUUUCACCAUUUGAUGUUAAUAAAAACUAGACUCAGA